CUGUUUUCCCUAUGCAUGCUCGGAGUCAUUUGUGAUGUUGCAGAACGUGCUAAGGGCAGGUGUGUAGUCUGCGGCCGUUUUUGCACUUUGCUAGACUUGUCCACUGCGGAACCCUCAACAUCGAGGCGUGCGCGAGCCGUGUAUCUUGCGCAACUCGUCCGCUGUGGAUUGUUUGAUGCCAAGCAUCACCGACGCGUACAGGCAAGGGCAGUGGGAGGGGUAGAGGCGUGGGGAGAGAUGGAGGGGCUGGAAGAUGAGUCUAUAUGACGCUGUACAGCUGAGCUUGCAGGACCGCACGAAGAAGUGCAGGGUGGGUGUGGGGGAGAGGGUGGUGCGCGCGCAUACCUUCUAGGAACGCGAUGCGCACCGCGUCUUUGCAGCUUCCGCUUGAGGCAGAGUGCGGCGCAGCGCACACGGACUGGAAUGCGCUCGCUUCCCUGCGGAUAUCGCAAUUCCUUUGGCAUGAGCGUGGGAAUUGAUCUGGGGAGCAAGAGGGGAGCCGGCGGGGACGACAAAACGAGGGCGUAGCAUCAGAGCACUUCGAGCAGGCAAAUAGGCGAGAGGUCGAGUGCGCAUGGGGUCUCUAUAAUAACGCAGAACGAGAGAGGGCGGGCAGAAUGACUGAAAAUGUGAAAUAUAUGUGAGGAGGGGAAGGAAUGAAUGUGCAAGGACAGGAGGAUCGAUAAGGUCGACAGUGGAAGGGGUCGAGGGGUCGAGGGUGGGGGUCUUGGGUGGCAGGCGUAUAUGGAGUCGAAAGGACGACCAUGCGUGGGUCGAGCGGAGGGACAGGUGUGCAGGGGAAGACUGGCGCAAGGAGAGACGACAACGUACCUUCAUGACGCUCGUCCUUCUCAUGAGAUGUUGGAGGGCACUGUGUGCCGACACAGUCGGACUGUGUGGCGCGACAAUCAACAGACUGUGUGCGGCACGGCCGGACUGUGUGGCGCAGAUUCACCGCCAAAUCUCGGACUGUCACCGAGAAUCCGGACUGUGUGGCGCUGA